CCCUGCAACAGUCAUGUGUUGUGUGACAUGUGAACGCACCAAUCACCUGCGAGCAUCUGACUGCGUCCACUUCCCGACACCGGAGGAGCUGAGCGGACACGGACGGCCGAAGAUUCAGCACCCGUCAUCAUCACCAUCAUCAUCAUCAUCAGCGUCAGCCGCAGCAGCCGCCGAGGGCUCGCUUUUAUUAUCAGCAUCCGACGGGAGUACACCAGUGUCGGUCACCGUGCCCGCAGCAAGGACAUGGCCGGGAUCUUGGCGUGGUUCUGGAACGAGCGCUUCUGGCUCCCCCAUAACGUAACAUGGGCUGACUUGAAGAACACAGACGAGGCGACGUUCCCCCAAGCGGAGGAUCUCUAUCUGGCUUGCCCUUUGGCCUUCUGCAUCUUCAUGGUGCGGCUGCUGUUCGAAAGGUUCAUUGCAAGGCCAUGUGCUGUGGGCCUGAAGAUCCAAGCCAACGGGCCCAAAAAAGCCCAACCCAAUGCCAUCUUGGAGAAGGUUUUCACGGCGAUCACCAAGCACCCCGAUGAGAAGAGGCUGGAGGGACUGUCCAAGCAGCUGGACUGGGAUGUCCGAACCAUCCAGCGCUGGUUCCGACAACGACGCAACCAAGAGAAACCCAGCACUCUCGCCCGCUUCUGUGAGAGCAUGUGGAGAUUUGCAUUUUAUCUCUACAUAUUCACCUAUGGAGUGCGUUUCCUUAAAAAGACGCCCUGGCUGUGGAACACAAAAGAAUGCUGGUACAACUAUCCGUACCAACCGCUGACGGUGGACAUCCACUACUACUACGUGCUGGAGCUGUCCUUCUACCUGUCCUUGCUCUUUUCCCAAUUCACUGAUAUCAGGAGGAAGGAUUUCUUGAUCAUGUUCCUGCACCACGUGGCCACCAUCUCCCUCAUCACCUUCUCCUACGUGAACAACAUGGCGAGGGUUGGAAGUCUGGUCAUGUGUCUCCACGACAUGGCGGAUGUCCUGAUAGAGGCAGCCAAGAUGGCCAACUAUGCCAGAUGUCAGAUUUUGUGCAACCUCCUGUUUGCCAUGUUUGCACUCGUCUUCAUCAGUUCCCGACUGGCAGCUUACCCCGUGUGGAUUCUAAAUACGACCUUGUUUGAGAGUUGGGACAUCGUUGGACCCUACCCGUCCUGGUGGGUCUUCAAUCUGCUUCUCAUCUUACUGCAGCUCCUUCACUCGUACUGGUCCUACCUCAUCGUAAAGACGGCGUACCAGGCCAUCUCCAAAGGAAAGGUGGGGAAAUGGAAUCCUUUGCACGUGUCUAAGGACGACUGCAGCGACAUUGAGUCCAGCUCGGACGAGGAUGAAAACCCCAGCAAACAGAAAACACACAACAGCGCCACCAACGGGACCAACAAACCUCACGGAACCAACGGGUUCCUGACAGGAACUUACCCUGAUGAACACUGACUGUACUGAUGCACACCAUCCAGCCAUCCGUGUACGUGUGAGUGUGUGUUUUUUUGGGGGGGGGCACAUUGACAUCGUUGAUCUAUGUCUUCUGGUUCUGGAACGUGUUUACUUGUUCAGAUGGAUGAAUGUUUCCUUGGCUUUUGUUCAAGUUUAAGUUUAACUUUAAUCCCUAAAAUUGGGAUUUUUUUCUUGUUUCUCUUAAUAUUUUGACCUUGUGCUAAAACUACUGCUGAUUUUUCCAGUUUUUUUUUAAUUACUAUGGAAUUAUCUGUAUCCAGGCCCAGUAAAAAAAAAAAAAAACACCAAAAUGGCACCCGGGCCACACUUUGGACCUCCAUGGCGUAAGAUGCCAGUCUGUUAGGUGCCAUAUUAUAGAACAAAGAAGACGUUGAUCUUUGCGAUUGUUGUCGUGUUGCAUCUACUCCAACUGCCCAGCAGCAAGGCAUUGAGACUCCGCCCGGGUAGGAAUGCCAACAGCAACAAGAAAGAGCGGAGUAACGUAAGCGAGUUGGCGAAGGCGUGUGUGAGGAUGUCGAGACGGGGCGGUCUCCACUGUCUUUUGUUGGCUUUCUUUUCCUCGCUGCUCCCCCCAAAAAAACAACAAUCCGUACGCUAUGUGAGAUGGCAGUAUUACAGUACAUACUCUAACAGUAUUACACUAUGUUCUGUAACAGUAUUCCAGUACAUACUGUAACAGUAUUACAGUGCAUACUGUAACAGUACUCCAGUAUGACGACAGUAGAGACCGGAUUCUUAUUCUCUUCAGUGGUCUUGCAGCAGGCAGUAUGAUGACUUGUUGGAAUUAUUCAAUAAAGAACAAAAAGCAUCA